AGCUCGCAGGGGAGGGUGGUGGGGGCAGCCAGGGUGCUAUACUUAAGAUCCCCAGAUGUGUUUAAGCAAAAAUGUUUGUGCAGGUUCUGUUCACAGGUGGACUGGCGAUCCCUGUGGGGCUUUUGGGUUGGGGGCUCAGGUGGAUCACCCUCUGUGGAGCCUGCCUUAUUUCUCAUCUGUAGAGUGGGCUCAGGACCCCUGUGUUAUAGAGGGACUCGGAAGGCAAAUUGGUGAGCUCAUGGGCACCAGCUGUGUGCCCUAGUCAAGACCCUCCCCUCAGGGAGCCUGAUCUUGUCCCAUCAAAAGGGGACAGCCCCAUAUUCUCCCUCUCAGGUCAUUGGGAGCAGUAGGGGAGACCAUUUGUGGAAGUGUGAGGACACAUGGUAUUGUAUGAGAACACAUGGUAUUACAUAAAGGCAACUGCCACCUGAGGUGCUGGGCCUUGUUUGGGGUCUGCUGACGUACUAAUCGCCAGAUAUCCUUUCUCCUCCCCAUUUUUUUUCAUAGCAGCUGUGCUGAGAUACAGUUCACAUACCAUGCAGUUCACUCAUUUAAAGCCUAACAUUUUAGUGGUUCUUAGUAUAGUUACAGGGUUGUGGAAAUAUCAUCACUAUCUAACUCCCACUAUCAAACUCCAGAACAUUCCAUCACCCCAAAAACAAACCUGUCCCCAUUAGCAGUCACCCCCACCCCCAGUCCCUGGCAACCACUAAUCUACUUUAUGUCUCUCUGAAUUUGCUUGUUCUGAACAUUUUACAUUAAUGGAGUCAUACACUGUGUCGCCUUUUGUGUCUGGCUUCUCUCACUGAGCAUCAUGUGUUCAAGGUCCUUUUGCACUGUAAUGAAUGUCAGUGCCUCAUUCCUUUUCAUGGCUGAGUAAUAUUCCAGUGUAUGCAUGGACCACAUUGUGUUUAUGCGUCAUCUGUUGAUGGACACAGGUUGCUUCCACCUUUUGGCUGUUGUGAAUCCUCCUGCUGUGAACAUGAGUGUACAGGUUUCUAUGUGGAUGUGUGUUUUUAGUUUUUCUGGGCACAUAUCUAGGAGUGGAGGGGAGUUGCUGGGUCAAAUAGUGACCAUCCUUUGAUACUUGUCCGUCCUCCCGAGGACUCAUCCAGAUGUGUCCCAGAGGCAGCCUCCAUUUUUUGCCUCUUGUUUUGUUUUGCUCAAACGGAGGUAUCACUUUUAGAGGGACAAAUAAGAUGGUGUCUGUCUUUUGCCCUACAUAUAGUAAGAGCUUUUGUGGCCCAGGACAGACUGUGUGGGGCGUGGGGUCCUGGGCAUGGUGUGUGCUGGGAGCGGAUUCAGAGUUGGCACUGUGGACUCUCCUAUGGGCCCUGCCCAGCCCGGGCAUUGUGGGCACAUGAGGGGCACCCUUGAAGAGUUCCACUGGCACCCUGGUUCAGUAUGUUUGUCAAGCUUGUAUUGUGAGCCUAAGACACCUGUGGGCAAGGACCUCAUGUGCCCUCUCAAGGGCCUGGCUGAUAAACGGGGGCACAUGGAACUGAGGAGUAAGCCUUGGGUACAUCAUGAGCAGUAAAAGCCCACAGUUGUAAAAUGAUUUCAACACUUUUCUUAUCCAUAGAGAAGAGGCAGGAGGGGUUGGUCUGCUCCAAGUACUGGUCUGGGCAGUGUGUUCUGGGUAGGCAGCUGCGCCUGAGCUCUUUCUGAAUCCAGUUGAGGUUAUCUGUGACUUAUCUCGUAACAUUCUCCAAUGCAGCCCUGACCAAUAGGAAUAUAAUAUGAGGCACAUACAUAAGGUUAAGUUUUUUAGAAACCAUGUUUUUAGAAAGUACAAAGUAACAGGUGCUGUUAAUUUUAAUAAUGUUUAACCUAAAACACGCAUUGUCAUCACUUCUACACAUAGUCAGUAUAAAAACAAUAAGAUAGUUACGUUUUUUUCUUCCAAGAUCCAGUGUGCAUUUUUACUCAUGGCACAUCUCAAAGAAAAAGGAAGAAAAAAAGUCAAUGGCGGUUUAAACUCUGCAAACCAAGAGUUAGUAGGACCUGAGUGAGAACAUGACCACUGAUACAUUUUACUUGGGCUAGAGCUCUUGGAUGAGCCCUCAGAGUCGGCACACUCCUAGGAUGGACUCCUCAGCUCACCCAGGCCUCCUGUGGCUGACAGAUGAUGCUCUGCUCCGAUCUCUGUCUCCCACAGUCGGCCCUGCCAAGGAUGGACCCCUUGGGCAGCAUGGAGCAGUGUGAGGAUGAGAAGGCCAGGAGCCCAAAUCGAGAGCCCACGCUGUGGCAAGCCCUUCCUGUUCUGUCGGAGCAGCAGUCCAGGGACAUGGAGCUAGUGCUGGCCUACGCUGCGCCCAUCCUCGACAAGCGCCAGACCUCACGUCUCCUCAAGGAGGUGUCGGCUGUCCACCCACUGCCCGCACAGCCUCACCUUAAAAGGGUUCGGCCAAGCUCUGAUGCCAGCCGUCCACACGUGCUAGAGAUGCUGCUGUGCCUGGCAGGGCCGGCUGCAGGCGCUCGAUCACUGGCUGAGCUCCUCCCACAGCCGGCAGUAGACCCCCGAGGCCUGGGGCAGCCCUUUCUGGUGCCUGUACCUGCCUGGCCCCCCUUGACCAGGGGCCAGUUUGAGGAGGCACGUGCCCACUGGCCCACAUCCUUUCAUGAGGACAAGCGCGUGACCCGUGCCCUGGCCGGGCGGCUUUUCUCAGCACAGGAGCAGGCUGAAAUGCAGGGCCACAUGGAGCGGGCUGUAUGGGUGGCACAACAGGCAGCCAUCAGGGGCCUGAGGGCUGUGGGGGCUGUGGUGGUAGACCCUGCCUCAGGCCAGGUGCUGGCCACUGGCCACGACUGCAGCAACUCAGCCAGCCCCCUGCUGCAUGCCACCAUGGUGUGCAUUGACUUGGUGGCCCAGGGCCAGGGUCAAGGCAACUAUGACCUCAGGCCCCACCCCGCCUGCUCUUUCACCCCAGUCUCUGCCUCCCAGGGCGUCCAGGCCAUCUCUGUGCGCACGUUGGAUAAGGACAUGGACACGGAUGAGGACGGCCUCCCCUAUGUGUGCACUGGCUACGACCUCUACAUUACCCGUGAGCCCUGUGCCAUGUGUGCCAUGGCCCUGGUGCAUUCCCGUGUGCAGCGUGUCUUCUAUGGGGCACCCUCUCCCGAUGGUGCCCUGGGCACCCGCUUCCGAAUCCAUGCGCAGCCUGACCUCAACCACCGUUUCCAGGUGUUCCAUGGUGUGCUGGAGGCUCAGUGCCGCCAGCUGGACCCCGACACAUAGGUGCCAUGCUUGCUAGCUUCAGACUGUCCUCUGCUCUGCCAGCCUCAGCCUCCUCUCAGAUCAACUUGGGCCCUGGCUCCCUCAUUGUUGUCUAGGGGCUGUGAUCCUGUCUGUGGAUUUUAGGAACACGCCUCGCAGCCCCAGAAUCCAUGCCCACACCAUUCCCAGUGGUGUGCGGUGCUGCAUUUCUGCUGGACCAAGCUUUUUUGUGGACUGGAGCUUAAUGGGGCCCCAGCCGGGCCUCAUCACUGGGCACUCAGGCCUCACUCUUUCUGCCACCUUCACCCUGAGCCUAUAGGUACACUAGGAUUGUGUCCCCUUUAUCUCAAGUCCAACCCAUGAAAAUAAACACAGCCUUCAAACUA